ACAGUCUUUCUCCUCUCUCUCUCUCUCUCUCUCUCUCAAAAUAAUCGAGAGUUGGCGCGACUCUCGGAGGCCCUGGUCAUGGCGACUUCAUCGGAGGUCGAGGGCAAGCGUGAGGCCCCGGACGGAGCGGGAAAUGGGGGAUCCGGGGCCGUCGGGGACCGGACGGUCGGCCCGACGGGGAAGCCGGAGCCGGAGACUCGGAAGAAGAAGAAGAAGAAGACGACGACGAGGAAGAAGAAGAAGAAGGCGAAGAGGAAGUCGUACUUGCCCAGGUUCGCGUGCAUGAGAUCGGAGCCGGACGAGGAUGGCGGCUUGGACGUGGAGGCCAAGGUCCCCGGAGAGCGUCCCGCUCCUGUUCACCUGAUCGUCAUGGUUAACGGCCUCAUUGGCAGCGCUCGGGAUUGGAGAUUCGCUGAGAAGCAGUUUGUGAAGAAGUAUCCGGAGAAAGUCCAUGUUCACCGCAGCCAGUCUAACCCUUGUAGGUUGACAUUUGAUGGUGUUGAUGUUAUGGGGCAGAGAUUAGCAGAAGAGGUUAAGUCAGUUAUAAAGCGUAACUCCACCUUUCGGAAAAUUUCAUUCAUUGGCCAUUCACUAGGUGGUCUGGUAGCAAGGUAUGCAGUUGCAAAGCUUUAUGGAAGUGGUCCAGCCAGUGAACCUACUAAAGUAAAUGGAGAAUGUGAGAGUGAAGAACCUGGAAAUCAUCACCUAGAAGAUAAAAAUACAGAUAAAAUCUGCGGACUGGAACCUGUGAAUUUUAUAACUUCAGCAACACCUCAUUUAGGUUCAAGAGGUCACAAGCAGGUCCCAAUGUUUUGUGGCUUUAUCUCCUUGGAAAACCUUGCUGUCCAUGCAUCAGGGUUCUUAGGCAGGACUGGUAGACAUUUGUUUUUGACAGACGGUGAUAGCAAACCUCCUCUUCUUCUUCAAAUGGUCAAUGACAGUGAAGAUAUUAAAUUUAUCUCUGCUUUGAAGUCCUUCAAGCGUAGGGUUGCUUAUGCAAAUGCACAAUGUGACCACCUAGUUGGAUGGAGUACAUCAUCGCUUAGGCACUGGAACGAUCUUCCUAAGCGUGAACGUAGUUUAACAAUAGAUAAAAGUUACCCACAUAUUAUAAGAGUGGAAGGAGCAAAAGCAACCUCGUCCGAGCAAGAAGAAUCUUCAGAACAUAAAACUGAUAGGAGAAACACUGCUGACUUGGAAGAGAUGAUGCUGAGAAGAUUAACUAGAUUGAGCUGGGAACGUGUAGACGUAAGCUUCAGCGGAAGUAAACAGCGAAUUUUUGCUCACAGUACCAUUCAGGUAAAAACCCAGUGCAUCAAUUCAGAUGGUAGAGACGUGAUCCAGCACAUGAUUGACAACUUUAGUUUAUGAGCGAAUACACGGUUCGGCUAUUUAUAUGCGGAUGAAAUAGCUCCUUGCAAGAACCGCCGGAAGGAAUUCUAAAUUGAUCUCAUGGAAAUGUCUCCGAAGUCCUUGGCAAAUUGGAAUAUUUUGGUGCAAUUUAUUAAGUAGGUAAGGAUUGCAUUUUGUAUGGGAGUCACCUUGACGUCCGAUAUGUCCUCUUGGGAUGAUGUCACGUCACCCAAGAUAUUGGACAGCUAAGAUCGGCCAAGUUAGGACUUUCUUUCUCUACUCAUUACCCAACAUCUAAAUAGAGAUGGUGUAAGAUCUUUUCUAAAGGAUUUAAGCAAA